CCCUCAUCAUCUGCAAGCGCCGUGGAGACUCCUACGAGGCCAAGGACAUUGUGGACCUGCAGAGCCACCAACUGAGGGAUGGUGGCCUCGGCCCUCGUGAUGGCAAGAAGACCCGUGAGCUGAAGAAGAAGUGGCUGGAGCAGUUCGAGAUGGCCCUCUCCAACAUUUUCCCUGAGCAUGCCUUGGCCGAUGGGCACGACUUCCAGAUGUUCUCCUUCGAGGACACCACGUCUUGCCGAGCCUGCCAGAUGUUGCUGAGAGGCAUGUUCUACCAAGGCUACCGCUGCAGCCGGUGCCGGGCCCCCGCGCACAAGGAGUGUCUGGGGCGGCUGGGGACCUGCGGCCGGGAUUCGGGCUCCGGCACGAGGAAGAACAAGUCGCAGCGGCCAGGCACCGAGAAGAAGCGAGGAGAGCUGGGGUUGCCCAAGAUGGAGGCCAACCGGCCCUACAACGGCAUCCCACCGCCGCCAGGGGCUCUGGGUCCCGCCCUGCGCCUCAGCCCCGGCGACGUCGUGGAGGUCACCGUGGCCGAGGUUGAGCAGCUCUGGUGGCAGGGCAGGAACGUGGCCAACGGUGACCUGGGUUGGUUCCCUUGCGAUGCUGUGAGACCCUUCAUCUGCGUGCCACUGCCGGACCUCUCCGUCUACCCCUGGUCAGUAACCGCCCCCGUGGAACGAGGGGAAGCCGAGCAGCUCCGGACGCCGCGCUCCGACGGCGCCUUCCUGGUGCGCCAACGGGUGAAGGACGCUGGCGAGUUCGCCAUCAGCAUCAAGUACCGCGCGGAGGUGAAGCACAUCAAGGUGAUGACGGCCGAGGGGCUCUACCGCAUCACCGAGAAGAAGGCGUUCAAGGGGCUGGUGGAGCUGGUGGAGUUCUACCAGCGCAACUCGCUCAAGGAUUGCUUCAAAGCCCUUGAGCUUGUGGUGCCCUUCAAGGAGCCCGAGAGUCGGGCUGGUCCCCGGCCACCCA